GGGCACCGGAGAUAAAGUUAAAAGCACAAGGGAAAUGAAAGAAUCUCAACAGCCUUGGUCACCCUGGAAUGUUGAAAUUUUGGACAGAGUCCAUUUGUAUGAAAGUGCUGAAGAGGCAGAUCGCUUGUGUUUGGAAAACGAAAUAUAUCGGAUAUGGGAAAUUUCAUAAGAGUUUCUGCAUCUCAAGGCAUGUUGAAAUAAAUUCUGAGCAAUCAAUGCCAUGUCAGGAUGGAACCUGAAAGUAUCUCGGAUGCAUCGACUUCAGUUGGCAUUGGACUACUUGAAAUUUGAUGAGAUAGAACGAUCAUUAGAAAUGCUUGUUGGUGUCAAUUUGGCAGAAGAAGGAGUAUUAAGGUUAAUCUUUGCUGCUGUGUAUCUGAUGCUUCAUAAAGUUGGCAAUGAUAAUGAGGUUUCUGCUGCAUCAAGGCUUCUUGCGUUAGCAACUUGCUUUGCAACCAAAAUGAUUCGUAAGUAUUGGUUGGUUGAACAUAAGAAAGAUGCAUAUGAAUAUGAUAGGACCCAGAUGCUUUCACUUCUGCCAGUUUUACCAGAAAAGGUACAAGAUGAAGUGGAAAAUUCAAGAAGACUUCGUGAAAUGGCUCAAUUUUUGGAGAUAAUACGAAACCUGCAAUCUCGACUUGGUUCAAAAUAUAAGAGACCGGGCAGAGAAUUGGUGGACAGUGGGGAAACAUCGGCACUACUAGGCAAUGGUUUAUCACAGGAUGAAUCUCAGUUGAUAGUUGUUUCUGUAGACCCCGUAUCUUUGGAGACAUCAGAACAACAAGACUUUCCUGUAUCUACAUCUGCCUUUAACUAUUCUGAGAAUCUUGCAUUGACACCUGUGGAUCCUGCAGUGCAUUUGGACCCGGAGGAUUUGAGUGAAGUAUCUCUUGUGCCACGAGGGGGGUUCUUAGAGAAGAAAAUUCUUCCCUUGGAAAAUCCCAAAGAGAUGAUAGCACGCUGGAAAAUAGAUAAUUUAGACCUCAAGGCGGUAGUCAAUGAUGCUUUACUCACUGGUCGUCUCCCCUUAGCAGUUCUUCAACUCCAUCUUCAUCGUUCAAGAGAUUCAGUUCCUGGAAAAGAGCCUCAUGAUACUUUCACUGAAGUCCGUGAUAUUGGGAGAGCUAUUGCUUAUGACCUAUUUUUGAAGGGUGAAUCUGGACUUGCUGUGGCCACAUUGCAAAGGCUUGGAGAGGAUGUAGAAGCUAGCCUCAAGCAGUUAUUAUUUGGUACAGUAAGAAGAUAUUUACGAGUGCAAAUCACUGAAGAGAUGAAUAGAUAUGGCUACCUGGGCCCAUACGAGUGGAAGAUAUUGGAUAGGAUAUCCCUCAUUGAGAGACUUUACCCUAGCAGUAGUUUCUGGAAAACACUUCACGGACGGCAGAAAGAAUUCAUUAGAAUUCCAGCCUGUUCAAGUUUGCCUAAGAGAUAUUAUUUGCGCCUGUUGCAUUCACAUGCAUUCAACAAUUCUACCAUUGAGUGCGAUGACAUUGAUGGAGUUGUUUUUGGUUCAUGGGCAAAUGUCAAUGAAAAUCCUUCUGUUCGUAUGGUUGAUGAAGAUAGUGCUUGUGCUGGAUACUGGGCUUGUGCUGCUGUAUGGUUUAGUUUCUAUGACCAAAGAACCAUUGAACGGAUAGUCUUGGAUCAGCCAUCUUUUAUGGGUGUGCAUGUAUUGUGGGAAUCACAGCUUGAGUACCAUGUAUGCCACAGCGACUGGGAGCAAGUCUCUAGACUCCUGGACCUUAUUCCACCACAAUUUUUAGCAGUUGGAAGCCUCCAAGUCAGCUUGGAUGGGUUACAGCCUGUUUCAAAUGUUGGAUGCAGUAGGGGAUCUGAUUAUGGUGCUUACCUGUGCUCUAUUGAAGAAUUGGAUGCUGUCUGCAUGGAUGUUCCAGAAAUCAAAGUUUUCAGGUUUUCAUGUAAUAAUAUGUCCUCCAUAUGGUUAAGGAUGCUGAUGCAAGAGAAACUUGCGAGAAGCUUUAUUUUCUUAAAGGAAUAUUGGGAAGGCACCGCUGAUAUAUUACUUCUGCUUGCCCGUUCUGGCUUCAUUACUAGCAAGUAUGAAGUGCCUUCCAAGGAUGAUAAGAUUGAGAGUUUAUCAGUCCCUCAAUUUCCAGAUGAACGUGGAAAAUUUCAUGUCGGGACCUUGCAAGCCUUGCAUAAGCUACUCAUACAUCAUUGUGCGCAGUAUAACUUGCCAUACCUUCUGGACCUUUACCUGGACCAGCAUGAAUUGUUACAAGAUAAUAAUUCAUAUGCAUCAUUACAGGAAGCUGCGGGAGAUUGUGAAUGGGCAAGAUGGUUGCUCCUCUCUAGGGUAAAGGGGUGUGAGUAUGAAGCAUCAUUUUCUAAUGCUCGCGCGAUCAUGUCACGCAAUCUAGUUCCUGGAAGUAACCUAAGCGUUCCAGAGAUGGAUGAAAUAAUUCGUACCGUUGAUGACAUUUCUGAAGGAGGGGCAGAAUUGGCAGCUGUGGCAACCUUAAUGUAUGCUUCUGUCCCAAUUCAAAGUUGUCUGAGUAGUGGUAGUGUAACGAGGCAUAGCAGUACAUCAGCCCAGUGCACACUAGAGAAUCUUAGGCCUACUCUUCAGCGUUUCCCUACAUUGUGGCAAUCAUUUGUAUCAGCAUGUUUUGGGCAUGAUCCCAUUUCCAGUUUUUGGGGGCCUAAGGCAAAUAAUGAUUAUAUAAAUUGGCGCUGCAAAAUAUUUUUCUCUUCUGGAUGUGAUACAUCACUUCGACAAAUGCUGCCAUGCUGGUAUCCUAAGCCUCUACGGAGACUGAUUCAGCUUUAUGUGCAGGGUCCUCUUGGAUGGCAAACAGUGUCAGGUCUGCCAAUAGGAGAGGGUUUGUUACACAGAGAUGCAGAGUUUUUCAUAAACGCUGAUGAGGAUACUGAGUUCAGCGCAAUCUCCUUGGAAGCUGCCAUCCAAAAACACAUUCAGGAGGAACUCUAUAAUUCUGCUCUUGAGGAAAACUCACUUGGCUUGGAGCACCAUUUACAUCGUGGACGUGCACUAGCAGCUUUUAAUCAUUUACUUACUGCGAGAAUUCAAAAACUAAAGUCAGAAAGGCAAGCGCAUGGACAGACAAAUGUUCAAGCAGAUGUUCAAACACUUCUUGGACCUAUAAAAGAAAGUGAAAAGUCUCUUCUUGCAUCUGUCAUGCCAUUUGCAAUUAUGCAUUUUGAGGAUUCUGUGUUGGUGGCAUCAUGUGCUCUCCUCCUGGAGCUUUGUGGCUUUUCUGCCAGCAUGCUCCGCAUAGACAUUGCAGCCUUGAGACGGAUAUCUUCUUUCUACAAAUCGAAUGAAAAUAUUGAGAGCUUAAGGCAACUUCCAACCAAGAGUUCUGAAUUUCAUGCAGUUAGCCAUGAAAGUGAUAUAACAGUAUCUAUCGCUCGAGCUCUAGCAGAUGAAUAUCUGCACCAGGAUAUUUCAAGAAAUGGUAAGCAAAAGGGUACUCCAAAUUUAGCUGCUGGUAAACAAUCUUCACGAGCUCUCAUGCUUGUUUUACAUCACUUGGAAAAAGCUAGCCUUCCUCAAACGGUGGAUGUAAAGACAUGUGGUUCUUGGCUUUUGAGUGGCAAUGGUGAUGGAAUGGAGUUAAGAUCUAAGCAGAAAGCUGCAAGCCAUCACUGGAAUUUAGUUACAGUUUUUUGUCAGAUGCAUCACCUUCCCUUGAGUACAAAAUACCUUUCUGUAUUGGCAAGAGACAACGAUUGGGUCGGAUUUUUGUCGGAAGCUCAGAUUGGAGGAUAUCCUUUUGAUACGGUGGUCCAAAUGGCAUCAAAGGAGUUUAGUGAUCCACGUCUCAAAAUUCAUAUUUCAACAGUUUUGAAAGGCAUGCAGUUAAGAAGAAAAGCUAGCUCCUCCUCAUAUUUAGAUACUACAGAAAAGAAUAGCGAAGUGUCCUUUCCAGAAGAAAACAUUUGUGUCCCAGUCGAACUCUUUAGAAUAUUAGCAGAAUGUGAAAGGCAGAAAUUUCCUGGAGAGGCCAUUUUGUUGAAAGCGAAGGAGUUGUCCUGGUCAAUUUUGGCAAUGAUUGCCUCUUGCUUUUCAGAUGUGUCUCCGAUAUCUUGCCUAACAGUAUGGCUGGAAAUUACUGCUGCAAGGGAAACUUCUUCUAUUAAGGUGAAUGAUAUUGCUUCCAGAAUUGCAAGAAAUGUUGGAGCAGCCGUAGAAGCUACUAAUUCCCUUCCAGCAGGAAGUAAAGGCAUGUGUUUUCAUUACAAUAGGAAAAAUUCAAAACGAAGGCGGCUUUUGGAGCCCAUCUCAAGAGAUCCCUCAGAUGCUUCAAUUUCUAAUAUUUCAAAUUCUCUUCCGUGUGCAAAUAUAUUUGAUUCCCCGGGCCUUAUUUCUAAAGGAGAAAGAAAGAUAGAACUUGGGGAAAGUAUGAAUGUUUCCAGUGAUUCUGAGGAAGGGCCUGCUUUGCUGUCCAAGAUGGUUGCAGUGCUUUGUGAGCAACACUUGUUCCUGCCUUUGUUAAGGGCAUUUGAAAUGUUCCUUCCGUCAUGUUCUCUCUUACCUUUCAUACGUGCUCUCCAGGCAUUUUCACAAAUGCGCCUAUCUGAAGCCUCAGCACACUUGGGUUCAUUUUCUGCCCGAAUUAAAGAAGAAUCAACACGCCUGCCAGUAAAUGUUGGACGAGAAGCACAGAUUGGUACAUCAUGGAUCAGCUUCACCUCCAUUAAAGCUGCAGAUUCAAUGCUUUUGACAUGUCCAUCUCCUUACGAGAAAAGAUGUUUACUGCAACUGCUUGCUUCAACUGAUUUUGGUGAUGGAGGGUCCGCAGCAAUAUACUACCGACGUCUUUAUUGGAAAAUUAAUUUAGCAGAGCCAUUAUUACGCAAGGAUGACACUUUACAUCUUGGGAGCGAGACUUUAGAUGAUGUUUCCCUUGCAACGGGACUGGAGAAUAACAGGCACUGGGAGCAGGCACGGAACUGGGCCAGACAGUUGGAGGCCAGUGGUGCACCUUGGAAAUCUGCUGUUCAUCGUGUAACUGAAAAUCAGGCUGAAUCAAUGGUAGCUGAAUGGAAGGAGUUUCUUUGGGAUGUUCCAGAGGAGAGAAUUGCAUUAUGGGGCCAUUGCCAAACGUUGUUCAUCAGAUACUCUUUCCCAGCUUCACAGGCUGGGUUAUUUUUCCUGAAACAUGCAGAAGCUUUGGAAAAAGAUCUUCCAGCUAGAGAGCUUCAUGAGCUGUUGCUGCUUUCUCUACAAUGGUUAAGCGGGAUGAUAACCCUAUCCAGUCCAGCUUAUCCACUUCAUCUUAUUCGAGAAAUCGAGACUAAAGUGUGGCUCUUGGCAGUAGAAUCAGAAGCACACAUUAAGGAUGAAGGAGACUUCAAUUUAAGCAGUUCCAGCCGUGACCCAAUUAUGAAAAAUAGCUCCAGUAUUAUUGACCGGACUGCAUGUCUAAUAACAAAAAUGGACAAUCAUGUUGGUACAUUUAAGAAUAGAACGGUUGAGAAACAUGAUCUGAGAGAAAAUAACCAGGCACAUAACAAGAACUAUGUAUUAGAUACUAGCUUUCCAAUGACCACAGGGGGGAGUACAAAGACUAAGCGGAGGACAAAAGGCUACGGGCCGUUAAGACGGCCACCACUUGAUGCGGUAGAGAAGCACACUGAUCUUCAUGAUGGUUCCAACCCUCCCAGCGUUAGAAGUGAUUUGCAAUCUCAGGACGAAAACAUAAAAAUGGAAAUGUCUUUUUCACGAUGGGAGGAAGGGGUAGGACCAGCAGAGCCAGAAAGUGCUGUUCUUUCCUUAUUGGAAUUUGGACAAAUAGCAGCUGCAAAGCAACUCCAGCAUAAGCUAUCUCCAGAUAAAAUCCCAUAUGAAUUUGUAGUUGUGGAUGCUGCAUUGAAACUUGCAGGAAUGUCUUCAAGUAAGAAAGUAUCCUUAUCAAUGCUAGAUGAGGAGGUGCGUUCUGUUAUGCAAUCGUACAACAUACUGAAUGAACAGCAUCAAGUUGACCCAGUGCAGGUUUUGGAGAGUCUUGCAACCAAUCUUUCUGAAGGUUGUGGGCGUGGAAUUUGCAAGAAGAUAAUAGCAGUCGCCAAAGCUGCAACCAUCUUAGGCAUUUCAUUUUCCGAGGCAUUUGAUAAGCAGCCAAUUGAAUUACUACAGCUACUUUCCCUUAAAGCACAGGAGUCAUUUGAGGAGGCGCAUCUCCUUGUAAGAACUCAUUCAAUGCCAGCGGCCAGUAUUGCUCAAAUUCUUGCAGAAUCCUUUCUAAAGGGCUUAUUGGCUGCUCAUCGUGGAGGGUAUAUGGAUUCUCAAAAGGAAGAAGGACCUGCUCCUUUAUUGUGGAGAUUUUCAGACUUCUUGAAGUGGGCAGAGCUUUGCUCUUCUGAGCAAGAAAUUGGACAUGCAUUGAUGCGUUUGGUUAUUACCGGACAAGAAGUACCACAUGCCUGUGAGGUUGAGCUUCUAAUUUUGUCCCACCACUUCUACAAAUUAUCAUCUUGCCUUGAUGGAGUUGAUGUUCUUGUAGCCCUCGCAGCUACUAGGGUAGAAGCGUAUGUCUCUGAGGGUGAUUUUUCAUGUUUGGCCCGUCUCAUAACUGGAGUAGGAAACUUCCAUGCCCUCAAUUUCAUUCUUGGAAUUCUGAUAGAAAAUGGUCAACUGGAUCUCCUUCUUCAGAAGUAUUCUGCUGCAGCAGAUGCAAGUUCUGGCACUGCUGAGGCUGUUAGAGGGUUUCGAAUGGCUGUUCUCACAUCACUCAAGCAUUUCAAUCCAAAUGACCUUGAUGCCUUUGCUAUGGUCUACAAUCAUUUUGACAUGAAACAUGAAACGGCUGCUCUCUUAGAGUUACGAGCGGAGCAGUCAUCUGAGCAGUGGUAUGGCCGUUAUGACAAGGAUCAGAAUGAAGAUCUUUUAGACUCUAUGCGGUUUUACAUUGAAGCUGCUGAAGUUCACAAAUCCAUCGAUGCUGGCAACAAAACACGCGCUGCAUGCGCUCAGGCUUCCCUUGUGUCCCUUCAAAUUCGAAUGCCUGACUUCCAGUGGCUGUACCGUUCAGAAACCAAUGCCAGGCGGGCCCUUGUUGAACAGUCUCGUUUUCAAGAAGCCCUCAUUGUUGCUGAAGCCUAUGGCCUUAAUCAGCCAAGUGAGUGGGCUUUGGUACUUUGGAACCAGAUGCUGAAACCGGAAGUAAUGGAAGAGUUUGUGGCUGAAUUUGUGGCCGUUCUUCCUCUCCAGCCUUCGAUGCUUGCUGAUCUAGCAAGAUUUUAUAGGGCAGAGGUGGCAGCGAGAGGGGACCAAUCCCAAUUCUCGGUUUGGCUAACGGGGGGAGGGUUGCCAGCUGAAUGGGCCAAGUAUCUGGGGAGGUCGUUUAGAUGCUUGUUGAGAAGGACGAGAGAUUUGAAGCUGCGGUUACAACUGGCUACUCUGGCUACUGGCUUUGGGGAUGUCAUCGAUGCAUGCAUGAACGCAUUAGAUAGGGUUCCGGACAAUGUUGGACCACUUGUACUCAGGAAAGGUCAUGGUGGCGCUUAUCUCCCGCUAAUGUGAGUCACUUCAUUAAUUCAAACCUCAGGAGGAUUUUGUAUAUUCGGGAGAGUCUCUGUCUGUAAAUUAUUUAACAGGUUUGCGAGAAAAUUACGCCAUGUUUUGUAACCUAUUAAAAACACUUGUUUGGUAUGAAAUUCAAAAUUGCUUUUAAA